AUGGCGCGCAAUGAAGAGUUCCAAGGUCACGGGAAGAAGCGCCGGGCCCAAGCUGACCCCGAUGGCGCGCAACCGUUAACGAAGAGAUUUGGGUACUUGCGCCUAGAUAAUAUGCCAAUCUCCACUCGGGAAUCCAAGGGGUAUACCCAGCCCUUCCAGCCUCAACAUAACCAACAGAAUAUCGAUUAUUCCCUAGAGCCAAGUGAUACCAUGUUGUUGGAUGAUACCAAACAUACAACAUACAUUCACAAUUUGGAACAAGAAUUAAUGGAAGCUGAUGCUGCCGAUGAAUUGAUCUUUUUACCCUUCGCCGCGAAAGUGCUCUCCGUUCCCCAGUCGGUUCUAUCGGACUCAAAACCCUCGGGCAAAGAACUUGUUCUCUAUACCGAACCGACUUCCCUUACGAUUCCCAAAGAGAAAGAUCACGUUCGAAAGGCAAUUCUUGAAUCAAGAGCACGAGCUAGAGCCGAGAGCAACAAGUCUAUUGUCCAUCUCAACCCUGCCAACCCUGCCAACCCUGUCAACCCUCCCACUGUUUCAUCAGACUUGGAGGACUUAUCAUCACAUGACGAUCCUAUGGAUAUUGAUUGUUGA